CUUCUAGCCACAAUCCUAUCGGAAAGCUCCAUAACCAAAUGCACAGCUUAUCAUCCUCGUAACUCUCUUUCAGUGUGGAUAUGUCUGGAUGAUUUUAGUUUAUUAGCAUAUGCUUCAUAAUCAUGACAAUCCAAUUCGGAAGCCCAAGGUUCAAUCGUCGAUUCUAUUCAGUCACCAGAACCUCUGAAUUCAAGGAGAUGAACAAUGGCGCAACCAUUCUUGAAGUAAUACGAUGAUCAUCGGAUUCGACUAUCAUACUGUAAAUUAAUUUUGAGUUUUGUUUGAGCUAUUUCAAUGUUUUUUUCAUACAGCGUUGAUAAUUCACCUUAGAUCAUAUAAUAGAGAAGCUGUUCAUGUUCUCUUUUCUACAUAUCUUCCAAUUCAAUUUCUGUUGGUAUUUUGCUUUCCUUUCCCACUCUUAUCUUGAUAAAAAUAGCAAGACAUUACUAACUGUCAGCUUAUUAAGUUGUUGGUCUGUGUUAAACUGUGGCGCAAGAGUAUGGUUAUGGUUUCCAAUUCUCAUGUAAAAUAUGCUCUGAGAUUUGAAAGUGGCUUCUAAAUGAGUGGAAUUCUACAAACGCAUACCCUUAACAUUUGCAUAAAGACAUGUAACAAAGUUUACUAAGAAGGUCUAACACAUAUCAUAGCCCGAAGAAGAAGCAUUGCAAAGACAUGGCUUUGUAUAGAAUCUGCUGGCGCAUUUGGUUCCUAGGAACAAAAGACAAACGACUAAAAACAGAGGAAGAAGAUAGAGAAACGAUGGUACGUGAAAAUGUGGUACUUGAGAUAUGUCUCGAAGGCUGGCUUGUUUUCACUGAUGCUGUGAUCUUCGUCCCGAGGAAGCCGUCAUCGAGUAUCAGCAGCGAAUCAUUGCUGGCUUCUGCUAAGAACGGACUAGCUGUGAAGAUACUUAGCAAAGGCAAACAAGUACCUAAUGACCCUGUCGUUGAUACCCCAAACACCCGCCAAAAAGGAUGGGAGAGAAUGGUACUGCAAAUCCUAUUUCUUGGUCCUUGGAAUCUCUUGGAACCAAACGCAAGCUUUGCAUAGAUGUCACAGAAGCUGAUCGUUUCUCCCAUUGUCAAGACUCUGGUCUUUAGCAAAGUCCCUGAGAAGGUGAGGGACUGGAUCGAUGAGAUAGCGAGUGAGUGGAGGUUCAAGAGGAUAAUACCAGCUCAUUUCGAGGCUUCCGUAAACGCAGGGAGGUCAGAGUUUCUAGCUGCGUUUGGGUUUCUGGAUGAUCUUCUAGGUGAAAGAUAUGUAAACCGUCCUCCUUCCCUCUCUAUUCUCUUCACUUCGCUGAUGGGUAAAAGCUGCAAGCUAUUUUCCUCCGGAUGACAUGAGAACUCUCUCUUCUCUUGAUCAGUUCAUUCAGUAUUGUCAAAGUAAUGUCUAAAUGUUAAUUUACAGUGGAAUUUGUAAGUGACGAAUAAUGGC